GGGCCGGGGCCGGGGCCGGAGCCGGAGCCGGGGGCGGCCGGGGGGGCCGCUCGGUGCCUGCGGAGCCAGCCAGCGCCCGGGCCCCGGCGGCGGCGCCAUGAACAAGCUACGGCAGAGCCUGCGGCGGAAGAAGCCGGCCUACGUGCCCGAGGCCAGCCGGCCCCACCAGUGGCAGGCCGACGAGGAGGCUGUGCGCCGGGGCAAGUGCAGCUUCCCCGUGCGGUACCUGGGCCACGUGGAGGUGGAGGAGUCCCGGGGGAUGCACGUGUGCGAAGAGGCUGUGAAGAAGCUGAAAACAAGCGGGCGCAAGUCGGUGAAGUCGGUUCUGUGGGUGUCGGCCGACGGGCUGCGGGUCGUGGACGACAAAACAAAGGAUCUCAUCGUCGACCAGACCAUUGAGAAGGUUUCGUUCUGCGCCCCCGACCGCAACUUCGACAAGGCCUUUUCCUACAUCUGCCGCGACGGCACCACGCGCCGCUGGAUCUGCCACUGCUUCCUGGCCCUCAAGGACUCGGGCGAGCGCCUGAGUCACGCCGUGGGCUGCGCCUUCGCCGCCUGCCUGGAGCGCAAGCAGAAGCGGGAGAAGGAGUGUGGGGUGACGGCCUCUUUCGACGCCAACCGCACCAGCUUCGCCCGCGAGGGCUCCUUCCGCGCCCCGGCCGCCAGCCAGCCCGCCCAGCGCCAGCUCGUGCUGCGCCAGCUGCAGGACAGGAAGAAAGCGGAGGCCGCCCCAGCCGCCGCCCCCUCGGCGCCCCCCGGCCCUGCCCAGCCGGGCAGUGUCUCCCCGCCGCAGGGGGCUACGUCGCCGGCGGAGAAGGGGGAGGGGGGCCCCCAACGCGCCAUCCCACGCCGCCACGCGCCCCUGGAGCAGCUGGUCCGGCAGGGCUCCUUCCGCGGCUUCCCCGCCCUCAGCCAGAGGAACUCGCCCUUCAAACGCCAGCUCUCGCUGCGACUCAGCGACCUGCCCUCCACCCUGCAGCGCAAGGGGGACUGCCCGCCCGGGGGCGCCGUGCCGGAGCUGGAGUCGACCCCGACCGGUGACAGCGACGGGAUCAGCGCCCUCUGUAGCCAGAUCGACGCCUCCUUCGCUCGCCCACCCGCCGACCCCUUCAGCCCCACGGCCGCCGACGGCACCGCCUCCCCCCCAGCAGGGCUCCCCCAAGGGCCGGACGCCUGGGGAGAGCCUGGGGCGGGGGCCCAUUCGCAGGCCCCCCCGUUCCAGCCCGGACACAAGAGGACCCCAUCGGAGGCCGAGCGCUGGCUGGAGGAGGUGGCCCAGACGGCCAAGGCGCAGCAGAUGGCCGUGCCCGCAGCCCUGCCUGCCACGCUGCCCCCCUACCCCAUGAGCUACGACGCCGCGCCCGCCCCCGUGGGCAUGUUCCUGCCGCCCCACAUGCAGCCGGCCUACGUGCCCGUGGGGGCCUACCCGCCGGCCGGGCCCUUCGCAGCCCCCAGCGUCCCCGUGGUGGGCAUCACCCCCUCCCAGAUGGUGGCCAACGUCUUCUGCUCCGCCGCCCAGCUGCCGCCCUCGAACUUGGGGGGCAAGGCCAGCCCCUUCCCCCCUGCUCUGCUGGGCCCCGCGCUGCCCCCUCCCCCCCAGGCCCGACCCAAGUCCAGCAGCGCUGCCCCCUGGCCCCCGGAGUCGGGUCAGCCGGGGGCCAUGGCCCCGCCGCUCGCCACCGCCCGCCCCGGGCCCAAGCCGGACCCCUUUGAGGCUCAAUGGGCAGCGCUGGGGGCCAAGCCCCCCGGGGGGGCUGACCCGGUGAACCCCUUCGCUGGAGACCUGCAGAAAACCUUUGAGAUCGAGCUGUGAGCUGGGGGGGAGCGAUUGGGGGUCCCUGAGCCCCCCACUACGGAACGGACUGUGGGGCCAGGUAGAGGUGGGGGAUGUAUGGAGACCCCCCAACCCCAGCGGGAUGUGGGUCACCACCUCCUUGUCAAACGGGGGGACAGGCUGGGGAGGGGCCCCCAGGGCUGCUGCCCCCCCCCCCAGCAUCAGCUUUGAGGGCUUUGCCUGGGGGCCGAUGGGGGGCUGAGCAUGGGUCCCGGUCACUGGAGGUGGGGCUGGGGAAUGUGGGGGUGAGGAACCUCCCCCCCCAGUGAUGAAAUGGUUAACAGGCCCCUGGCUGGCUGCAAACGGGGAGGGACCCUAGGCUGGACGUGUGGGGGGGCUGGAUGGGGGCACCCCCCAGAUCCAGGAGUGAUCAGGACUAACCCCCCCCAGUCUAAUGGUCAGGCCUGUGUCCCUGGGGGGAGGGUUGGGGGCAGGUUCUGGGGGGCUGAGCAGAGGGAAAAUGGGGGGGUCUCGACCUGGAUUGCUCUCCUGCACGGAGCUGCUGUGGGGGGGGGGCGGAUUGGUUCUGGCCUUUUCACCCUGUAGCGGGAGUGGGGGUGUCAUGGGGCACCAGCGCCUCCUGCUGGGGGGUGCUGUGCCCCCCCCCUGGGUCCCACAGUGUAGCCCAGAUGGGGAGUCUGGGGGAAGGGGCGGUGCCAACCCAUGGGAAAAAACACCCCGCGCUGGAGCUUCUCCUGGCUUGGGGGGUCUCAGGGGCCCUUGGCCAAGCGGGGCGGGGGGGGGGUUGUCCCUGGCUCUAAUUUAUUGUCUCUAAUUUUUGGUUUGGGGACGGGGAUGGCCGGGAAGGGUCCCGGUGAAGAGGGGAGAGGAUGGACGAGCUCGCCUUGCCUCAGUUUACCCCCCUUCCCCAUCUGAUCCUGGCACAAAUCAAAGCUUGCCCCCACUGGGCUGAUGUAGGGGGGAUGCUGUGGAAACUGGGGGGGGGCCUGGAGUGGGGGGACCAGAAACCCCUCCCCCGGCCUGUGUGGGGCCAGGGGCAGGGCCUGACCCCCCCUGGGGGGGGGGGACACCUGAGCCCUCUGAUCUGCCCCACGGGGCCAGAGCAGCGUGGCCUGGAUUCGCCCCCCCACGUGGGCACCGCCCGGAGGCCGCAGGGGGGCAGGGGCUGCGUGCGGGCCUCCGGGGGCGAUGCCACAGGGCCUGGUGGAUGCCACCCGGUGGGUGCAGGGCAGGAGGGGGGCGCCUGGGGGCAGGGGGGCCGUGCCCCGUUGUAGGUGCACAGAGCCCUGGGGCAGGUGCUGGGGGGCGGGGAGGGGCUGGUCCGUGCCCUGCGACGCUGGCCCCAGUGGGGGAGGAGGAGAUUUUCUAUCUAUUUCCAAAAAAAUUUUGUAUCUAAAAUACGCCCCCCCCCCUCCCCUUCCCCCGGUUUGUAUGCUACAAAUAACUGCCAAUAAACCAUCCUCGCCUA